AUGACGAACCAGACCGCUGUCAUCCUCAUCGAUCCCUACAACGACUUCCUCCACCCAAAAGGAAAGCUGAACCCGCGUCUCGCCGAAAGCAUCGCCGCCACGGGAACCAUUGAGCAUUUGAAAGAAGUGGUCGCUACGGCCCGCAAGAACAAAAUCCCGAUUUACUACUGCCUUCAUUGCCAGACGGACAAAUACUCGUUCCAGGGGUGGCAGAUGAUGAACUGGUCGCUGACGGGGCUCAAAGAGAACUUGGUGUUUGAGAAGGGCUCCUGGGGGGCCGAGAUCUAUGAAGGCCUAGAGCCCAAUCCGGACAACGGGGAUGUUGUCGUCUCGCAGCAUCUCAAUUCAAGCUCUUUCCAAAACACGGAUUUGGACUAUCAACUCCGCCAGCGGGGGAUUCGCAACUUGGUCCUAGCAGGUCUUGUUACAAACACAUGCAUUGAGGCGACGGCACGGUACGGGUAUGAGCUUGGUUAUAAUUUGACCAUGAUCUCGGACGGGACAGCCGGGUUCAGCACGGAGCAGAAGGACGCGGCCACAAACUUGAUCUGGCCAUUGUUUGCGAACAGAAUCUUGACUUGCGGUCUCGAGGAGCCCGAAUGUCACCGAUGUGUCUCCAGGGGCAUCAAAUGCAGCGGGCCCAACAAUGACCGCAUCUACGUCCACCGUAAUGCAGAGAACAUGCGCACACAGUCGCAUCGUGGUGCUCUCAGGGUUGCGAUGCAGCGGCGAACUGCCCACUAUGAGCCUAGUUUAGACCCUGAGACGCAGGCCAGGACGGCGGCUGCUUCGACGACUCUGGAGGCUCUUCAGAGACUCGUGCGGAGCACGCAAGCGUCACUUCUAAGUGCCAGUGCGUCCCUGACCGCGAAACCUGUAGAACUCUUCUACUCGACAGUCCUGGAUGCGUUUCAACCAAAACACGAUACCGGCGUCUUCAGCGGCGAUCGCGUGCCGUCGUCGGCGACCGAGGGUGAUUGCUCCAGCGUGGCCGUGUGCAUCCGUUCGUUGCUGCCCCUCGCGCAACAAUCCGAACGGCACAUCAUGGACCAAUCGAUCUUCAGCCUCCUGACCAUGUAUUUGAGUCUCUUAGUCAAGGAUCCGAAGCUGACAGAGAUGGCCCGAGCCGCGUACACAUCAGCAGUGGGAGAAUUUCGCCUUUUCAUUGGCAGUCGCUUCCCAGCGGAACUGGCGCACCCGCAGACGAGCUACUGUCAACUCUUCCUCGCUCUCUCUACAGCGCUGCAGCUGUUCGAGUACGUGAAUGACAUGGGAGAAACUCGAUCAGGCUUCCUGACGCACCACGAGGGAAUGCUCAAACUCCUCCAAAUAUCCGGACCCGGAGUGUACCAGUCACCUUACCUGCUCCAGUCUUUCUCGGGCAUCCGUGGCAUAACCGUAUUCGUCGCUUUGCAGAAAAGGCGUCCUAUCUUCUUGUCCGAACCUAAAUGGAUAUAUACGCCAUUCUUGAGUCGUCCGAAGACAAGGAGGGAACUCCUCCACGACAUCGCGUUGGGCAUUCCCGCGCUAUUGCGUCGCACGGACGACCUUGUGCCGUCCCUUGCACAAGGACCACAAGGAGAUUUGACCGGUCCGAGUGACCGCGUCCAGCGAUUGAGAAUAGCCCAGCAGCUCGUCACGGACUUUGCAACGGUCAAAUCUGAUCUCGAAGCAUGGUUCCAGAACUUCAAGCAAUCAUACGCCCCCGCGCCCAUCUACUGGAACACCGAGACGGUGAUGGACAGUGCCCACGCCUACACCGACCCAGUGUGCGUCCCGGACCUCGAGGACCCCAAGUACCAGCUGAGGUUCCGGGACGGGCAGAAGGCCGGCGUGUUGAUCUGCUACUGGAGCUUUCUCCUCGAGCUGCUGAUGAGCUUAAUUGACGUGCAAACCGCUGUGGCCUCACUGGCACGGUCGGAACAACCAGCCAACGAGGUCGAGGAUCUCGUCGAGGCCGUGUGCGGGGACCUGGGCGCGAACCGCGCUGCCGCGGAUGACAGUGCGUUCCUGAUCUUACAAUCGACGCCGUACUUGACGUGCUGUCUGGAAGGCAUCUUUGUGACGCAGUCGCCGCUGAGCCUCGUGCAGAGAUACUUCGCUCGAUGA